CUCAGAUCUACAGUUGUGCGCUUCAGGAGAACAACUGAAUUAUUUGCAUUCCAAACCGAAACUCUUUUUAAAAGUUCUGGCAUUUUAGUAGUUCAGGAGGUUUGACUGCAUUCCAUCAAGAUCUAAGUGCACUUCUGACUGGAUUUUUUUCCCUCAUUUUAUUUUGCUGGAUGAAGAUCUCCAAUAAGUAAGAAUGAAGAUGCUGACCACUUUCCAAGCGGAUUUUGCGAUCGUCCUCGCCAGAUGAUGCGCUUCUUGGACGUGUAUUAUUCAGGGGUGCUGAAUCUCCUCAGAAAUUAUCAAACUUUCUCACAGGACAAGCCUCUUUCAUCUCUGGACUAGUUCUUCAGCAUCUUUUGUCCUUCGAAAGGCAUCUGGCAAUGACGAUUCCACUUUCCAGAACACAGCUUGCCCUCUUCUUUAUCCUGCUUUGUCCAGUCAACAUUAUCGGGCUCUGGUGGGCAGUGGGGAGUCCCUUGGUCAUGGACCCAAACAGCAUCUGCAGGAAGACCAAACGUCUUGCGGGCAAGCAGGCCGAACUGUGUCAGACCCAGCCGGAGAUCGUCAACGAAGUCGCCAAGGGCGCCAAGCUGGGCGUGCGCGAAUGCCAAUACCAGUUCCGCUUUCGGCGCUGGAACUGUACCAGCCAGAACAAGUACUUUGGCAAAAUUCUGCAGCAAGACAUCCGAGAGACAGCAUUUGUGUAUGCUAUCACGGCAGCGGGUGUGACGCAUGCAGUGACUCAGGCCUGCAGCAUGGGGGAGCUGCUGCAAUGUGGCUGCGAGGCCACGCGGAGCAGAGGGCCGCCUCCGCAUUUAGCCAGUAUUGGCCCAACUGAGGGGGUCAAGUGGGAGUGGGGGGGCUGCGGAGACGACGUGGAGUUCGGCUACGAGAAGUCCAAGCAGUUCAUGGACGCCAGGCGGAGGAAGGGCAAGAGUGACAUCCGCACGCUGAUAGACCUUCAUAAUAAUGAGGCCGGACGACUGGCGGUGAAGAAUUAUAUGAGAACUGAAUGUAAAUGCCACGGGCUGUCUGGCUCUUGCACUCUGAGGACCUGCUGGAAGAAAAUGCCUCACUUCCGCGAAGUGGGUGACCGCCUGCUUGAGCGCUUCAAUGGGGCAUCCAAAGUGAUGGGUGGAAAUGAUGGUAAGACUCUCAUUCCAGUGGGGCAGAACAUCAAACCUCCGGACAAGCAAGAUCUCAUCUACUCGGCCGAGUCGCCGGACUUCUGCCUGCCCAAUCGGAAGACGGGUUCUUUGGGCACGCGGGGGCGAAUGUGUAACAGCACGGCGCUGGACGUGAGCGGAUGUGACCUUCUGUGUUGUGAGCGGGGCUACCGGGACGAGACAGUGGUCCUGGAGGAAAACUGUCUCUGCCGUUUCCACUGGUGCUGCGUGGUCCAGUGUAAAAAGUGCUUGGUCAGGAAGGAACUGAGUUUGUGUCACUAACCGAGAACCCUUGACGAUGGGAUUGAGAAGAGCGAUUCCGAACAAGGAAGUAGUGCCAGUCUCAGAACAAAAGAAUCUACAGCAUUCCAGAUUCAUGCAUACACAUUUCAAACCCCGAGGCUUUGGAAAAGCCUAGAGGAGUGUCUGACUUGUGAUUCACCCCUCAGAAAACCCAGGACCACUAGUCUCAAUGACUACACUCAAGAUUUAGGAGGGGUUCUUCAGCUGUGAAGUCAAGACAUUCAGAAAUCUUCUUAUCAAAGGGCUUUUGUGCAUCUUUUUCUGUUAGAUCAGCCCUAUAUACAGUACAUUAUGAGUGCAGACUGAAUGAAUGGAAGCACAUCCACAUCAGCACCACAGCCAUGGUGUAAUGGCUGUUCAUGCUCUGAAGUGACAGAUCAUCAAGGAUUUGGCAUAUUGCUCUGUAAAGAGGGCUAGAUAUGGAACAAAGACUGUUAUUUAUAAGCAUUUAAUA